UUGGACUUGUGAGACCUUUCUCUGCUCGCUUUUUUUUCUAACUCGUGAUUCAGUUCAGCUUAAGAUGCAUCUGCUUGUCGUCUCUGUGCUGCUGGUGUUUGGUUUUUCAUUCAUCACUACUGAAGUUGUAGAUUCGUUCAGUAAAUGCAAUCAGUUUUUUCUGGGUGGAGAGCCUCCGGUGAUUUCUGGCCUUCUCGAGGGAUCAGUCUCACAAGAUAACAAUCACAAAAUCAUCUGUCAAAAAUAUCAGAAUCUUUACAGAUUUGCAACUUUCUACAGUAUAACAACCGUAAAUGGACACCAGGGAAGGAUUCCUGUAUUUUCAGCCUACAAAUAUACUGGAUGUUGCAGAGGGAGACCACGUUUAUCAUGGAUGAUCGAGCCACAGCUUGAAUCUUCAGAUAACAGUGAAAUGCGUGCACCAUGUGUCAAUCAGGCUGCAAUGGGGGAUUACCAUAAAGAGGACAAUAUAUCUCGUGGCCACUUAUUUCCUAAUGGUCAUGCACCGGAUGAAGUCACUGCUGAAUCUACAUUCACACUGACCAACACUGUGCCACAGGUUAAAAGCUUCAAUAAUGGUAGCUGGGUCCGUAUGGAGCAAAAAGUUAGAAGUAUCAUAGAGUCUGACUGCCGUGAUGAAAAUAAUAUGACUUUAGCCUAUGUGCUGACUGGAGCUGUGCCAAGCACAAACAAUUUCUUGCGAAAAAGAGUCAACAUUCCCAAAUACAUGUGGACAGCGUUCUGCUGCUUUAACAGCACCGGACAAACAUGGGUAUCUCAGGCUCACUGGGCUGAAAACAAACGUGAGAGAAACACUACAUAUAUUCCAACAAAAUCUCUGGAUAAAUUAGAGCAGUUUUUAACCAAACAGUAUAACAGAAAUUACAAACUGUUCGAAAAUGACUGCUAUCAAAGAAAAGUAAUAAAAACGUUACACAUAUACUGAGCAGAACUUGUGGUGGUCCUUAAGGAUAUACACCGAGACUGUAAGAAUGGGUUUUACCUAUAGCGGUUUGAACUGCAGUUAUCAGUAUGAUGGUGAAAAACUGUACAUUUCUAGUCAAACCAUGCUUCUGCAAAACAGAAGCAAAAACUUAUACCAAAAACAGAAAUAAAACAGAAGCAAAACUUAUACCAAAAACAGAAAUAAAACAGAAGCAAAACUCAACCAAAAACAGAAAUAAAACAGAAGCAAAACUCAACCAAAAACAGAAAUAAAACAGAAGCAAAACUCAACCAAAAACAGAAAUAAAACAGAAGCAA